GUUGCUCACAAUGCCUCCUCGUCGUUCCACACGCUCGAGUCAGUCCGUCGAACCGACGCCAGCGCCGCCCGCUAAGCCCGCGUCCACUAUCAAACGUAAACGACCCUCAGCCCAGGCUAUAAGCGAGGACGAAGUACCAGAGGCCGCACCGAAGCCUAAGCCCUCGCGCUCAGGGAGAACAUCUUCGAAACCUGCUGUGCCAUCCUCGACGCGCUCACGCAGUCGCGUUCAGGAGUCUGAUGAGGAGGAUGAACCAAAGAGACCCGCGAAGAAGUCCCGGCCUUCAGACGAGCUGGAGGACGUCCAAGAAGAGGAGGAUGAGGACGACAUACCUCAGCCUCGUAGCAGGUCCCGAACUACGUCGAAACCUGCUCCUGCCCCCAAGAAAGGCAGACGCAAGGUCGCCGAGGAAGAGGAUGACGAGCACGACGAUGAGGCCCCAGUGCCUCCACCCACUCGGAAACCCUCGUCUCGUCGCCCUUCUGCUACCCCCGCUGCUCCCACUUCACGUCGUGCCCCUCGUUCGCGAUCCGUCAAAGUCGAAGAAGUACAAGAAGAGACAAUCAUCAGUGUUCCCUCGGACCAAGAGGAUGAAGACGAAGAUGAGCCUGCUACAGCUCGUCCACCAGCUCGCCGACCAGCGGCCAAGUCGGCGAACUCUGCGGCUAUCGUGGAGAAAGUUCUCGACGACAACGGCAACGACCAGCCGGACGAUGAGCCUCCCAAGCCCACCUCGAAACGCGGCAAGAGAGUAUCGGUCGCCGACUCAAAUGCCGACGAUGAACCUGCUACUGCUAGGCCUAAACCUCGGUCAUCUCAACCUGCGAGUACUUCCAAGCAAACCCUGACAAAGCCGUCACGGCCCUCUCCCGAAGACGAAGCGGAGGCCGCUUUCUUCAAUCCCCCCAUCCCACAAGCUGCAACGCCCCAGCCUCCGUCUCAAACCCAACAGCAGCAGCCAGAAGAGCCCAAAGGACCCAAAGCUCGCCUGGUAAUCCACAAGAUGGCCCUCGUAGAUUUCAAGAGCUACGCUGGACGUCAAGAAAUCGGGCCAUUCCAUAAGUCAUUUUCCGCUAUAGUUGGUCCCAACGGUUCCGGAAAAUCCAACACCAUCGACGCUCUGCUCUUCGUUUUCGGGUAUCGCGCGUCGAAGAUGCGCCAGGGAAAACUUUCUGAACUUAUUCACAACUCUGCCGACUUCCCUGAUCUCGACGAAUGUAGUGUUGAAGUCCAUUUCCGUGAGAUCGUCGACUUGCCGGGUCCGAACAAGUUCAAGGUCGUCCCUGGUUCAACACUUGUCGUCACUCGCACAGCGUACCGAAACAACUCCAGCAAGUACACGAUCAAUGGCAAGUCAAGCAGCUAUAAGGAGGUCCAGACGCUUCUCAAAGGUCGUGGAAUCGACCUUGACCACAACCGUUUCCUAAUUCUUCAGGGAGAAGUCGAGUCCAUCUCCCAGAUGAAGCCGAAGGCACCGUCGGAGCAUGAGGACGGUCUGCUCGAGUACUUGGAAGAUAUCAUCGGUACCUCAUCCUAUAAGGAGCCGAUCGAUCUGUCGUUGGCUGAGAUGGAGAGGCUCACCGAGGAAAGGACUGAGAAACUCAACAGGCUCCGGAUCGUCGAAAAGGAGAAAAACUCUCUGGAAGACAAGAAGAAAGAAGCGGAGGACUACUUACGGCUCCAGAACGAGCACGUUCGCGCGCUGUCAAGGCUGUGGCAGUGGUACCUGUGGAAGUGUUUGCAGAACGAGGACGAGUUCACGAGGAAGAUGGCGCACGUUGAGACCAAGUUGAAGGAGGAACAGGAGCAGAACCAGGGAGAUAUCGAGCAUUUGGCCCACCUGGAGGAAGACUACGCAAAGCGAAUGGCCGUCUACGCGGAAAUCAAGGAAGCGGCUGCUGCUGCGAUGAAAGAUCUUGCCGUUUACGAGAAGCAAGAAGUUGGGCUCCAAGAGAAGCGCAAGCAUGCCAAGACCAAGGCCAAAAAACUGACCAAGUCUGUCCAGGAAGACACGCACGCCAAGGAUCAGGCCGCCCGCGCCAUCGAGGACAACGCCAGUAAGAUGAAGAGCGAGAAGAAGAAGGCCGAUGACUUUGAAGCCGAGCUCGUUGACGAAGAGAAGGUUCUCGAAAGCAUUCGUGACAGCCUGAAAGGCAAGACACAGAAGUUUCAUAAUCAGAUUGAACAGAAGCAGCGCGAACUUCAACCCUGGUCUGCGAAGAUCGACAAGAAGCAAGCCGAGAUCGAUGUCAAGACGAGCGAGAGAGAUUCCCUAGUCAAACGCGCCGAGGCAAUCCAAGAAGCUAGCAAGGAAGCGCAAGAGAUUGUGGCCAACCUGAAGUCCGAACAAGAGGCCAAGAUGAAUGAGCUUAACGAGCAGAAGGCGCGCAAGGGCAACUUGCAACAAGAGCAUGGCCAGGCCCAAAGGAAAUCUCAGGAUGCUCGCAAACUCGUCGAAGACCUCAGGAAACAUGCUUCCAAUGCGAGGCAACGGGUCGACGAGGCCAAAUCCUCUCAAGCGCAGAACACAUCUCAGAACCGAGUCCUCGACAGUCUUCUUCGUCUGCGUAGCUCCGGUCGUAUCGAUGGCUUCCAUGGCCGUCUCGGUAGCCUCGGAACCAUCCCAGAGAAGUACGACGUCGCGAUCUCUACCGCAUGCAGCCAGCUCAACAAUAUGGUCGUCGACACCGUCGAACAAGGCCAAGGCUGCAUCGAGUAUCUCCGCAAGCAGAGCAUCGGGCGUGCAUCCUUCAUGGUGCUAGAGAAGAUUCCAGGUCAAGGAAACCGAAUGAACAGGAUUGAGACACCGCAGAACGUCCCUCGUCUCUUCGACCUGAUCAAGCCCAAGGAAGACCGCUUCGCCCCCGCAUUCUACAAGGCCAUCGGCGAUACCCUCGUUGCGAAUAAUCUCGACCAAGCCAACAAGAUCGCCUUCGGUAGCGGAAGACGGUGGAGGGUCGUCACCCUCGCUGGCGAACUCAUCGACUCAUCUGGUGCGAUGAGCGGUGGAGGUAACACGGUUGCACGAGGUGGCAUGAGUGCGAAGCUGGCGGCGGACGCUGUUGCGCCUGAGGUGCUGCGUCAGUACGAGCACGACAGCGAGACCGCCAAGGCAAAACUUGAAGCCGCGAUCCAGGAGUUGAAAAACGCUGAAGCAGAGUUGGAGGUCAUUGUCAAAUCCGGGCCACAGAUCGACGUUGCUUUGCAGAAGCUCGACCUCGACAUCAAGAAUCACACCAAGCGUGUGGCAGAUGCGGAGAAGCGCGUGCAGGAGCUUAAGAAACAGAACCGUCCGGAUGCUGGAGAAGUUGCUCGUAUUUCUGCCCUAGAGGAAGAAAUUGCUGCUGCCACCGAGGAGAUCGAGGAACUCGAAGAGCGGUCCGGCACCAUCAGCCAGGAGAUCAAAGCUCUCGAGGAGGAGAUUCUUAGAAUAGGCGGUUCCCGCAUGCUAACGCAGAAAUCCAAGGUCGACGGCAUCAAGCUCCACAUCACUCUUGCCAACGACGAGAUCACCAAGGCUGAAGUUGCCAAAGCCCAAGCUGAGAAAGACGUCAAGAAACUCAGCAAGGCUGUAGAGAACAACACAGCAGCUUUGGAGGAAGCGACGGCGGAGUUGGAACAGCUGGACGAGGAAAUUGCUGAGGUGUCCAAGUAUACCACCGAUCUUCGUGACCAGGUUGCUCGUGCGCAAGAAGCAGAAGAGAACAGGAAGGAAGAUCUCGACGCGGCGAAACAAGAAUUGGACGAACAGAGGGCACACAUCCAAGAGUUCAAGCAGAAACAGCUCAAACUUCAACAGUCUCUUGACGAUCUCAGGAAAGACGCAGAGGAGAAUCGUCGAUUGCUGGAGCACUGGCAGACUGAACACGACAACCUCCAGCUCGAGGACAUAGAUGAGGAUGACGACGAAGAUGACGACGAGAAAGAAGGUAGUGUCGCCCCAUCCGAAGCCCCGAGCGAGCAUGUGAAGGAAGAUCCGGACGCUGAAGAGGGUAGCGGUAAUGGCCGACGAAAGUCAAGACAACGCACACCCUCCAACGAGCUCCACAUAUACAGCGAAGCAGAAUUGGCCCAUUUCAAGAGGAAAGAUAUGAUUGCCGAUGCUGAGUUGCUCGAUGAGAAACUGAAGAACGCCAAACCCAACCUCGGAGUUCUCCGUGAGUAUCGAGAACGCGAGGAGGAGUUCUUGCGUCGUGUCAAGGAUCUCGAGGACACGACCAACGAGCGUGACGCUCAGAAGCAGAGGUACGAUGGUUUGCGGAAGCAGCGACUGGAUGAGUUCAUGGCUGGGUUCAACGCCAUAUCUUUGAAGCUGAAAGAGAUGUACCAGAUGAUCACCCUGGGUGGCAAUGCCGAGCUGGAACUUGUCGACAGUAUGGAUCCCUUCUCCGAAGGUAUCAUAUUCAGUGUGAUGCCGCCGAAGAAGAGCUGGAGGAAUAUCUCCAACCUGUCGGGUGGCGAGAAGACACUGAGCUCCCUCGCCCUAGUUUUCGCACUCCAUGUUUUCAAGCCUACGCCGCUCUAUUUCAUGGACGAGAUUGAUGCAGCUUUGGAUUUCCGUAACGUCUCCAUCGUAGCCAACUAUAUCAAGGACCGCACGAAGGACGCGCAGUUUAUCAUCAUCUCCUUGAGGAAUGACAUGUUUGAGCUUAGCCACCGGCUCAUUGGUAUCUAUAAGACAUCAAAUCAGACCCGCAGUCUGUCAAUCGACAACAAGUCGAUACAUGCCGUGGCUGCCAUGGGCGCCAUGGUUGUCCAUCCGCCGAACAGUGGCAACGCCGUCUCAUCUGCCGCAGUUUCUUCUGCCGCGUAGUAAACUUCGUACUUUCUUCCCGUCUAUCAUGCUUUCGCGACCCCCGUGUCUGAUUUUCGAUAUAUUUCUUAUUAUCUU